GUUUGCUGUUGUGAUUGUUUGCCCAGGUUAUUAAAAACGAAGAAAUCCCUGUGAAAUCAUGCUUAAUUGCUGCGAAAGUGCAUGAGAAGGUGAAAUAAGGGGGUUUUGCUUCGUCUGGGGCUGUCUGGCAUGAAUUUUAAGCAGAGCAAGACUAAAAAUUCAUCCAUGCACAAAGAAACACGAGACUCAUCUGAUAACUCGCCCGAUACCAAUUCAAACACUGUUGAUAACAAUGACAUCGCUAGAGCUGAGCGAAAAUCAGUCGAGGAUCUCCUGGCGGGCUCUCAAGAUGUUCUGGGCAACAGCAUUAGUCAGGCAAUCUCAUUCACCAGCGGCACAGUUCUUCAGGCAUCGCCACUGUUGCGCAGACGAAGUCCCAGUCCCUCUUCCACGGACGGCAAGAGCACUUCGUCGAAGGAGCACUCCAAGAGUGAAACGCACUUGAGCGUCCCAGCACCACUGGAGCGUCCUUCGGACAGCGGCGAAGAGGUCAGGCUGCGACAUCCCGAGGAGAAGCAGAAUCUCAACGAAGGAACACCGCUGAAUCGAUCGGCCUCGCAGGAAAUCGAACGGCCCAAGAGCACAUCGAAAGUGUCUGAAAGAGCGAAAAAGAAAUCCUGGUACAGUGUCUUGUAUCCCACGUACAAAUCCCGAUCUGAGGACUUCAAGAAGCUCUUCAAGGGAGUGCCAGAUGAUGAACGUCUUGUUGUCGAUUACUCGUGUGCUCUGCAGAAAGACAUUUUAGUCCACGGUCGAUUGUACGUGUCACAGAACUUCCUCUGCUUCUACGCCAACAUUUUUCGCUGGGAAACAUCAUUGUCCAUCAAGUGGAAGGAUGUGACAUCCAUCACGAAGGAGAAGACCGCCCGCGUGAUACCAAAUGCGAUUCUCGUGUGCACAGAUAGUGAUAAGCAUUUUCUCACGUCCUUCGCGACGCGCGAUAAGGCGUAUUUGAUGCUCUUCCGCGUGUGGCAAAAUGCCCUCAUGGACAAGCAGAUGCAGCCACAGGAGAUGUGGCAAUGGGUGCACAAUUGCUAUGGUGACGAACUUGGAUUAACGAGUGACGAUGAGGAUUAUAUUGAUCCAUACGAAGAUCGUGACUAUCCGAAAGGAAAUCAGCAAAUGGACAAAUUGAAAAUAUCUACAGACAGUAUUUCUGAGGAACAGAGUAAUCCAGAGAGUGAUAUGAUGGCAUCUAUCAAUAAUCAGACGUCGAGUGAUCCAGCUGCGACGGGUGAAAUGCCAUCGAAGGGCGAGAGCAGUUCCACAGGUGGUCAGAAGAGAUUGCAGAAAGGCUCGCGAAGAAGUGAAGAGACUGCCAAUAAGCACAUUCCAACGGACAUGUCCGACACCAGUGAUUCCGAGCAAGAUAAAAAUAUGGACCUCAUUGGACAACCAGAAUGCACAUCAAUGCAUGAGGGACGACAGAUGAUUCACACAAUCCUCCCAAUAAAUGUGGACAUUCUCUUCAAUCUGUUAUUCUCCAAGUCAAAAUUCCUCGAGAACUUCCACGAGGGUCGCAAGACGACUAAUAUGGUGCACGGUGACUGGAUGACGAAUGAAGAUGGACUGAAGCAGCGUACAGUGACGCUCACGGUGGCUUUGGCACAGCCUGUAGGUCCCAAGAGUACUGAUGUGACUGAAGUGCAGACUCUGCGUGAAUGCUCACAGCCUGGACAGCUUUAUUCCGUGGACAUUCACUCAUCCAACGCUGGGAUUCCCUAUGCAGACAGUUUCUACGCUACAAUGCAUUAUUGCCUCGUGCGCACAGUGGAUGACCACACCAUGUUCUCUGUGCAUGCACAGAUCAAAUACAAGAAGUCCGUGUGGGGCUUCGUGAAGGGAUUUAUUGAGAAGAAUACGUGGAAUGGACUGGAGGAUUUCUACACGGCACUUGUGAGAGCUUUGCAGAAUGAGUAUUGCAUUCCACCGGCCAAGGCGAAGGGCAGAAGACCGCGUCGUGGCAAUUCAUCCUUACAGAGGCCCACUGAGGAGCCAUCGAAGACUAAACAGGUGCCGUUUACGGCGAAAAUCGCUGUAACAACAGAUCAAGUGGCAACGCGGCAGAUCAAGUACGAAUCGCUGUCGUGGUUCGUAAUUAUCCUGCUGGUAACACUGAUUCUACUCAAUGUGAUACUCUAUCUAAAACUGUGGGACUUGGAGACGCGUGAGGCGGGAAGACAUCGCUAUCCUGACUUUCUUCAACUCAAAGAUCCUCCCAAAACACACGAUGACUGGAUCAAACUGAUGCAACAACAAGAGGCUUUGCAUUCUGCGGAGAUGGUGAAAUGGCAGAAAGUUCUGCAGAUUGCGGUGGAACUGCUGAAGAAAGUGAGUGUGGUGUGUGAGAAAAUAGUGACAAAUGCAACAGUUCUUCUCCAAAACAGUGCAAUGGCCAAAGAUGAGUUAUAGGAAAUCAUUGCAAACAAUGUUUUCUUCAUGAAACCAGAACUGUUUAAUGUAGUGUGAUUGAUAUCGGCAUGUAAAUUAUACAUAUUAUUUUUUUUGCUAAACAAAGCAAGUUAGUUGAAAAAUCUCGUGUGUUGUGAUGAUGUGAAACACCAAAAAGGGCUGCACAGAGUAUAUAAAAAUAUUGCGGUGAAGUAUAUUGUAUUCAUCAUGAGGAUUCCAUUUGGUUUAUUGUAUUUAUUAUUUGUAAUACUUUAUAGAAGAGAAAGAAAAUCUAACAAAUCAGCCUUCUAUUGACACAUAAAUGCUUAACCUUUUAGUAUCACGAAUUGUUGGAAGUGCUAAUAGAUUUAUAGGUAUAAAAUGAAUCGGUAUAAAGAUGGUAUUCCAAUUCCAUAAGAUAUUUUUUCCCCUUUUAGUUGUAAAUAUAGAGAAAACAUUGUUGAAGAUCUGAGGGUGUUUGAAGAAAGAGUGUCAAUGAAGAAAUGCAUUUCAAUAAAAGUUAUCUCAUUCAUGUCCUCACGCCAUCU